GGUCCAGACAGACGGACGGACAUCUCUCUUGCACAUGAACCUGCACAUGAACACACACACCUGUAGAAAACAAGAAAACAGGCUGCAGGGGGGAAAAACACAGGACAUAUCCUCUGAACCUUCUCUCUCUCUCUCUGUCUCACAUCAUGAAAUCCACAAUUAACUCAACUCAAACCACUUCGCUGCCAGGACUGCAGGAUUAUGCUACACUUGGUCUCGUAAAACCAACAGUGUCAAAUAUUGGUGAAGAGAAUGACUACGGUGACUACUAUAGCAGUACAGAAACCUUUGAGCCCUGCAAUAUUACCGACUUGAAGGCUUUCGCCGGGGUGUUCCUGCCCACCCUCUACAGUCUUGUGUUUGUGACCGGGUUGCUUGGCAACGGCCUGGUGGUCUGUGUCCUGCUGUGGUUCCGUCGCAGGUGCAACCUGACAGACGUGUGUCUGUUGAACCUGGCUCUGUCUGACCUGCUGUUCGUGCUGUCUCUGCCUCUCUGGGCCACGUACGCCGCCAAGGGCUCCUGGCCCUGGAACAUCGCCAUGUGCCGCCUCAUGACCUUACUCUACACCACCGGUUUCUAUGGCAGCAUUGGCUUCAUGGUUGCCAUGACGCUGGACCGCUACCUGCUCAUCAUCCACCACAGCUCCACCACUGCGUGGCGUACCUUCAGAUUCGGCAUGGUCAUGAUUGGUGCGGUGUGGGGCUUGAGCCUAAUAGCUUCCCUGCCUAGCGUUGUGUUUGCCGACGUGAACACCACACAGGGAGCGAACACAUGCGCCACGGAGAUCCCGCACGAUUCCUGGUGGAGAUCAUUUGACUACAUCGAGAUGAACGUCCUGGGAUUGAUCUUGCCCCUGGCGAUCAUGGUGGGCUGCUACGGCAGGAUCAUCCCCACCCUACUCAAGAUGAAGACCCAGAAGAAGCACAAAGCCAUUAAACUCAUCGUGGCCAUCAUCAUCACCUUCUUCGUCUUCUGGACGCCCUACCACAUCGUCCUCUUCUUGCACCUGCUGAAGCAGCGGGGAUACUUCCCAGAGUGCCACCAGAUGAACCAGCUGGAUCUGGCCAUGAAGGUGACGGAGACCCUGGCCUUCACCCACUGCUGUCUUAACCCCAUCAUCUAUGCCUUCGCUGGGGAGAAGUUCUGCAGGCUGGUGGUGAAGAUGCUGGGGAAAUGGCUGCCACUGUUCUCAGCAUCCAGGGACUUCAGUUCAGAGCGCAGAAGCUCUGUUUACUCACGUUCCUCAGAGAUGACCUCCACAAAGUUGCUAUAGUCAUAAAGCACGCUCCACGAUAGGUGCAUCGAUGGAAGAAAAUGAACAGACAUUGGGGUGGCAGGGAUGUCAUUUUUUUGCAUUAGUUGGGAGUGUGAUGUUUUUGCAUCAAUGGGAAGCGUAAAUAUAGUGUGGAGUAAGACAGUGAGAAAGGGUUGAAGAGUGUGAUUGAAAGGUUCUGUUCAGGUUUUUUCAAUUAAAAAA